GGCCGAGCCUCCUUUUUAUCGCCUACCCCGAAGCAAUCGCCAACAUGGUGGGAUCCACCUUCUUCGCCAUCAUAUUCUUCCUGAUGAUGAUAACGCUGGGGCUGGACAGCACGUUUGGGGGCUUGGAGGCCGUGAUCACGGCCGUGAUGGACGAGUACCCCCAGGUCCUGGCCGGGCGACGGGAGCUCUUCGUCCUCGGCCUCAUCACAGUCUGUUUCCUGGGCUCCCUGAGCACCCUCACCUACGGGGGAGCCUACGUGGUGAAGCUGCUGGAGGAGUUCGGUGCUGGCUGCUCAAUCCUGGCGGUGGUGCUACUGGAAACGAUAGCUGUCUCCUGGUUUUAUGGGAUGCAGAGGUUCUCCCACGAUGUGAAAGCCAUGCUCGGCUUCACCCCGGGAAUGUUCUGGAAG